GCCCGGCCAACGCCCUGGCCUAGCUGCAGUGCGCAGGCUCGGAGCUUCCGUGGGCCCCGCCCCGCCGGCGGGGAAACAGUCGCGCGGCGAUGACGUCUCGGGGGCCCGGCCGGGCGUCGCGGACUCCGGAGAUGGAGGAAAAGGAGCAAUUACGGCGACAGAUCCGUCUCCUGCAGGGUCUGAUCGAUGACUACAAAAACCUCCAUGGCAACGCCCCUGCCCCGGGCACGUCGGCCGCUGCCCGCUGGCAGCCACCUGCUUACAACAGCAGCAGGGCCUUCGGUGCCAGCUACCCUCGUCCCGGCCGGAGGGGCUUCUCCCUGAGCCAUGGGCCUGCAUGGCGCAAGAAAUACUCCCUGGUGAACCGGCCCCCAGGAGCCUCAGACCCGCCCGGUGACUGUGCCGCACAGCCACCUCUCAGGGCUGGGGGCAGCCGGGGUCCUGACCCCGCGCAGUAUGUCCUGGAGAGGCAGGUCCAGCUGAGUCCAGAUCAGAACAUGGUUAUCAAAAUCAAGCCACCAUCGAAACCGGGCUCAGCUAGCGCUGCAGGGGUCUCUCGGGGUUCCUUGGAAGGAUGUGAGGACCCCACCUGGAGCCACCACAGGCCUCAGGAGGGCGAGGGCGAGCCCCCUGGUGGGCAGCAGCAACCCUCGAGGCCGGGAAGAGCCAAGGGGAGCUGCGGUACAGAGGACCCCCUUCUGGUCUGCCAGAAGGAGCCUGGCAAGCCUCGGGUGGUAAAGUCUGUGAGCAGCGUGAGUGACAGCCCCUCUGAGCCCCGGCGGACUGUCAGCGAGAGUGCGGUUGCGGCCAAGGCACGCUUCCUGUCCCCCACCCUGCCCCAGCGCAGUGGCGCGGCUCCGGGCCGGAAGGUGGGCUCACACUCUGUGGCCAGCUGUGUCGCCCAGCACCUUGGAGACGGGAGAGUGAAUGCUGGCCACCCAGAUCAGCCGGCUUCCUCCGGCUCGGUGGCAGGCCCAGCCAGAGCAGCUUCUGGACCCAGGCAGGCCCGGGAGGCCUCACUGCUCGUGUCCUGUCGAACCAGCAAGUUCCGGAAGAACAACUACAAGUGGGUGGCUGCUUCAGCCAAGAGCCCCCGGGCCACUCGCAGGGCCCUCAGUCCCAGAGCAGCCUCGGAGACCGUGUGCAGGGCCCCCUUUGGCACAGCAGCACAGGGGGAGAAGCCACAGCUCAGAGCUGAUCCGGAUGCCAAGCCCAGGAGGUCGUCCGCGUCCUCCACACUCGGGGCCUCCCCCAGCAAAUACAAGUGGAAGGCGUCCAGCCCCUCGGCCUCCUCAUCCUCCUCCUUUCGUUGGCAGUCGGAAGCUGGCAGCAAGGACCAUGCCUCCCAGCUCCCAUCUAGGUUCCCCCCAGGGGACAGACCCGCAGUGGGACCCAGCGGCUUGAAGCCCCUCUUCAGUGAGACCCCACUCUCGGCUUACAAAGUGAAGAGCCGCACCAAGAUCAUCCGGAGGCGGGGCGGCGCUAGCCUUCCCUGCGACAAGAAGAAUGGCGCCCCGCCUGCUGCCACCGCCAAGAGCCAGCUGAGCCUGCGGCGGAGGCAGGCCCCCCGGGGGAAGAGCAGCCCCGUCCUGAAGAAGAACCCCAACAAGGGCCUGGCGCAGGUCACCAGGCACCGGCUGUGCUGCCUGCCUCCUGGCCGGGCCCACCCCCCCACCAAGGAAGCGUCCAGCGUGCACACCCUGCGGACGCCUCCCACCGGCAAAGUGAUCAAGACCCGCUACCGCAUUGUCAAGAAGACGCCCGUGUCUCCUCUCAGCGCCCCCCAGUCUCCCCUGUCCCUGCCCUCUUGGCGGUCACGGCGGCUCUCGCUGUCCAGGUCUCUGGUGCUGAAUCGCCUGCGCCCCACCGCCGGGGGUGGGAAAGCACAGGCCAGCCCCCCUCGGUGGAGGAACAAAGGCUACCGCUGCAUCGGAGGGGUCCUUUACAAGGUGUCGGCCAACAAGCUCUCCAAGACCUCCGGCCGGCCUGGCGGCGAUGGCGCCACCAGGCCCCUCCCACGCACAGGCCGGUUGGACCCUGCCAGCAGCUGCAGCCGCUCCUUGGCCAGCCGGGCCGUGCAGCGCAGCCUGGCCAUCGUCCGGCAGGCGAGGCAGCGGCGGCGGAAGCAGCAGCAGGAAUACUGCAUGUACUACAACCGCUUCGGCAGGUGCAACCACGGCGAGCACUGUCCCUACAUCCACGACCCCGACAAGGUGGCCGUGUGCACCAGGUUUCUCCGGGGCACGUGCAAGAAGACAGACGGGACGUGCCCCUUCUCCCACCACGUGUCCAAGGAGAAGAUGCCCGUGUGCUCGUACUUUCUGAAGGGGAUCUGCAGUAACAGCAACUGUCCGUACAGCCACGUCUACGUGUCCCGGAAGGCGGAGGUCUGCACGGACUUUCUCAAAGGCUACUGCCCACUGGGCGCAAAGUGCAAGAAGAAGCACACGCUGCUGUGCCCCGACUUCUCUCGCAGGGGCGUCUGCCCCCGGGGCGCCCAGUGCCAGCUGCUCCACCGCAACCAGAAGCGCCCUGGCCGGCGGGCGGUCAGCCCCGGCCCGGAGCCCAGCAGCGCGUCACCCAAGAGCAAGGCCGCCUCCAGCCACGGACCCAGGAAGUCCUCGGCUGCCCAGCGCCCCACCAGACAGACGCCCAGCUCCCCCACCUCCGUGGCUGCUGGCUCAGCCUCCCCUCCCUCCUCCCCAAGGGUGUUAGCUGCAGCCUCGGGCUCUCCCCUGUCAGCAAAGCCUCCCUCCUCCCCCUCCCCUUCCUCCACCCCCUCCUCUUCCUCCCCCCUCUCCCCCUCCUCCCCCACCCAUCCUUCCCCUCCCUGUCCUUGGACCAGAGAGGAGCUGUCUCUCCGGGAGGAGGCUGCCUCUGCGGCGACGAGCUCCAGCAGCCUCUCCAAGCUGCCUUCCUUCAUCUCCCUGCAGUCCUCGCCGAGCCCAGGAGGCCAGCCCAGGGCCCGGACCCCCAGGAGCCCCCCAACUAAGGACUCAGGGAAAACUCUGCACAUCAAACCCCGUCUGUGAGGGCCCCAGGGGGCCAGCCCGCGCCUACCUCAGCCCCUCGUUCCUGGAGAGGAAGGAGGCUCCGCCUGCCACCGCCCCAGAGGAGGGGCCACCUGCCACCGAGCCCCACCCUGGGGCCCCAGGGUCGCCGCUCUGCUGCCUGGCUCCCGGCCUUCUGUGACCAGUGCGUGCCCAGGGGCUCACCUUCUCCCCUGGGCGGGGCCCUGCCUUGCCACCCCUCCGCACACUCACCUUCCCACCCCUGGGCCCUCAGCCUCGCACCCGGGUUGGACCCCGACCCCCAGCCCAGAGGGGUGCCGGGCAGGGCUCGCCGCCGGGCCUGUGCCUGCUGUGGGUGCGGCAGCCCCCGCGCAGCACACGCCCUAGCCCUCCCCCCCGGGACUCCCCGGUGGGUGUUUUGUGUUCAGCAAUAAAGGUCCUGUCCUGUG